AUGUGUAAAGCGUUGCACGUCUUCUUUUACUUAUUUUUCAUAAAUUUGUACAUAUUUGAAAUCAAUGGGAAACUUAGAAAAGAAAAUAAAAAGGUAAAGAUGGAGAAUAUAGAAAAAGUAGAUAAUAUAGACGAGGUAAAACACAAUUUAAGAAAUAAUUUUUCAGCAAAAAAUGUUUUUUUAAAAGAUGAAAUAAGUGGUACUGAUUCGGAAUCAACACAAAAAUUAUCUGAAGGACCAACUCCUCCAGACACUGUUUUAGAAAAAGGGAAUAAUUCUAAUCAAGGAAAAGAUAAUAAAGAAGAAAGUUUAGCAAAUCCAGGUCCUAAAGGGGAUGAAGAGGAAAAAGGACGAAGUGACCCUAAUGUUACUGGUGAAUCCGUAAAUGCAGUUUCGAGUUAUUAUACAGUUGAAUCGGGAAAUAUAACUCCAUUUGGACCUCAACAAACAAGUAGUACUUUAGUAGGGAAGGAACAAGAAGGCUCACCACAACCAGGAGGAAAGUCAUUAGAUGAGGGUACUCAAGUUUCAGAUUCACAGCUUGGUCAUUCAGUUGAAGCGGAUUCAGGUUCACAAGAAGCAAGUACACAAGAAACAGGUUCGCUAGAAGCAAAAGCACAAGAAACAAAUUCACCAGAAGCAAAUAAACUAGAAGCAGAUUCACCAGAAACAAGUUCAUCAAAUGCAAGUUCAUCGGAAACAAGUGCAACUGAGGAAAGUUCAUCAGAUGCAAGUUCAUCAGAAACAAGUCCAUCAAAUGCAAGUUCAUCAGAUGCAAGUUCAUCAGAAACAAGUUCAUCAAAUGCAAGUUUAUCAGAUGCAAGUUCAUCAGAAACAAGUACAUCAGAAGCAGGUUUACCAGAAGCAAGUUCAUCAAAAGCAGAACCAUCCGAAGCAAGUACACAAGAAAUAGGUCAAUUAGAAGCAAGUUCACCAGAAACAAGUACAUCACAAACAAGUUCAUCAAAUGCAAGUUCAUCAGAAACAAGUUCAUCAAAUACAAGUUCAUCAGAAACAAGUGCAACUGAGGAAAGUUCAUCGGAAACAAGUGCAACUGAGGAAAGUUCAUCAGAAACAAGUCCAUCAAAUGCAAGUUCAUCAGAAACAAGUUCAUCAAAUGCAAGUUUAUCAGAUGCAAGUUUAUCAGAUGCAAGUUCAUCAGAAACAAGUACAUCAGAAGCAGGUUUACCAGAAGCAAGUUCAUCAAAAGCAGAACCAUCCGAAGCAAGUACACAAGAAGUAGGUCAAUUAGAAGCAAGUUCACCAGAAACAAGUACAUCACAAACAAGUCCAUCAAAUGCAAGUUCAUCGGAAACAAGUGCAACUGAGGAAAGUUCAUCAAAUGCAAGUACAUCAGAAACAAGUGCAACUGAGGAAAGUACACCAAAAGCAAGUUCAUCAGAAACAAGCUCAUCAGAUGCAAGUACAUCAGAUGCAGGACCAUCCGAAACAAGUACACAAGAAGUAGGUCAAUUAGAAGCAGGUUUAACAGAAACAAGUACAUCAGAUGCAGGACCAUCCGAAACAAGUACACAAGAAGUAGAUCAAUUAGAAGCAGGUUUAACAGAAAAAAGUACAUCAGAUGCAGGACCAUCCGAAACAAGUACACAAGAAGUAGAUCAAUUAGAAGCAGGUUUAACAGAAACAAGUACAUCAGAACAAAGUUCAUCAGAAGAAAGUGCAGAAAAAGCAGAUUCACAAGAAGUAGAUUCAAAAGCAGGAAUAUCAUUACCCACAAAAGAUGAAAAAGGUACAGAUGGAGAACCACAAAAAGAUAAUGAAAAAAUUAUGUCAUUAGAACUAGGACCAUCAGAAGGAGAGAAACUAGCAUUUCAAACAGAUUUAGAAAAAGAACAAUUAGCACUUCAUAAAACUCAACAACAAGAAAGAUCUAUAUUAUCAACACCAGGAAAAAAAGAUAUAAAUACGGUGGAUUCAUCAGGUCCGAAAAUACAAACAGAUCACCAAGGACAACAAAAUGUAACAGAACCAAGUGAACCACAACCAGACGAAAAACAACCAUCAGCAGGAGGUCCAUUAUCAGAUCAUGUAUCUACAAAUGAGAACACUGGAUCUGAUAUACCAUCAGAAGGAUAUGAUCCAAAUAAUCGGUCUGAGCAAAAAGUGUAUUUGCCAAUAACAGAUCAAACAGAACAUCCUACCUCACCAACAUAUGGAAGAUCAUCAGAUACAUCUGAAGAAGAGAUCCCACUUGCAGAUGAAUCACUUGAGAGAACUGAAGAAACAGAAGAGGAUGACGAAGGUGUAAGGAAACUAGAAGACGCAGAUAAAGAAGAUGAAGUAGAUGACCAACAUGCAAAAAAAAUACAAUAUCAAAAAGGAGAUAAUUGGAAUACACAUGAAUCAAUAAAUUUACCCAGGGGAAAAAUCUAUAACACCCCAAAUGAAGAUGAAAGUGUUGUAGAGAAAAAUGAACGGAAACAAAGGGAACAAGGAAAGAAUGUAAUUGAAGAGGAAUACGUGCAAAAAUUAGUAGAAGAUUUACUACAAACGGGAGAAGAAGAAGAGGAGGAACAAGACGAACAAAAUUCACAUGGAAAAGAAGACAAAGUUGAAGGUAAAAUUGAAGAAAUGCUAAUAGAAAAAGACGAAAUUAUUCCUCCUUUUAACGAUACUACUUUUUACAAAUAUUUCUCCCCAGAAUAUGAAGAUGACAGUGAAAAUGAAAAAUUUGCUGACGAGCUAAUAAAAACAUUAGAUACUUCAAUUGAUGGUGAUACGUCAAUUGUUAAUAUUCUCGAAGACUUAGAAAAAGCUAUGUAUCAAUUUUUUCUACACAUAGAUACAUUCAAAAACGAACAUUUUGAUGAAUUCAUUUAUUGA